CUCUCUCUCUCUCUCUCUCUCUCUCUCUCUCUAAAUAUCCCAUGAUUGUACUCACCAAUGGAUUUCUUCAAAGCCUUUCUCCCCCUCAAAUACAGGAAUAACAGCAUCAAAAAGCCCAAGAAAGCCUCAAGCACUCCCUUAAUCGUACCACGCUCCUCUUCACCUGAAAGGGCCAUCCUCGGCAUCUCCGACCUCAAGCGUGUCUUCGACAAGUUCGACACUGAUGGCGACGGCAAGAUCACCUCUCAAGAGCUUGAGUCAGCCCUUCGAAGGCUCGGCCAAUCUCCAACCUCAGACGAAGAGCUGGAGAUCAUCAUGAACGAGAUGGACGUGGAUAAAGAUGGGCUUAUAGAUUCGAACGAGUUCUUGAACUACUAUCCUGCCACGCUUGAUCUCGCAACCGUGGCCGUUGAACUGGAGCAGGCGUUUUCGGUGUUUGACCUCGACAGCGAUGGGCUGAUAUCGGCCGAGGAGCUGCAGAUGACGCUGAUAAACUUCGGUGAGGAGGCGACGAUGAAGCAGUGCCAGAGGAUGAUUGAGGCGUUUGAUUGUGAUGGGGAUGGAUGCAUAAGUUUCUUUGAGUUCAGGAUCAUGAUGUGUUCUUCUAAAUUUUGAGUAAGUUUGGUGCUUUAGAGGUUGCUAGGAUUAUUAUUGACCUCUUUGUGUACGCAAACUUUAUUUGGUUAUAAAA